AUGACCACGGCCUCCAAAUCAGGCUCUGGCGGGGCAUGGGUUAAACGCGAAUUCUGGACAAAGGUCAGCUUUGACCAGGUACUCAGCAUACCGCAAGCACAAAGAAUUUCGUCCGCUCUGUGGGAAGCCCAAAGGUCUCGCAUAACUGAGCUGUACGUCAACCAAGACAAGACUCUCGACGAGGUUAUCCAGAUCAUGGCCGAAACUAACUUCCACGCUACAAAGCCCCAAUAUAUUCGUAAAGUGAAUGUCAACUGGAAGCUGCAAAAGAACUACACCAAAGAGAAAUGGCGGCAUGCAGGCGUUUUAGUUGAGAAGCGCCAGGCAGAGGGGAAACUGACAGAACUCAGCAUUGAUGGUAAAGUUAUCUCAGAGAAGAGGAGGAAGAAAGAGUUGAGAAGAUAUCAUGCUUUACAAGUCGGAGAGAAUUUCGCCAGUACCAAUACUUGUGGCGUGGUUGCUUCUACACCGCCAUCAUCGAACUCCAAGGUUGUUCUCAUCAGCCAUCUCCCGUGGUUGAACUUCCGAGAAAGCUUCAAUAACCUAAUCAAUGAUCGGCAUCCACUGUCCAACCCAAACCAACAAGAUGGUUCAGUUAACUUUUGGGAAGUGGCCAAUCCAUUAUUACGGAUCGCCCACAACGAUGGAGAAAUGACUAUAGGGAAUCUAGCAUUGCAAGAACCACCCAAACCUGCCACCGAUCUGGUUUCCAUGAACUUGGAGAUAACGCAACAGAGACUCCAUGAGCUGAUGCCAACACUGAGUGAUUCUAUCAACAGCUUCCGACACCAGGGACCACUAUGGUUGCAAACUUUCAACUCGCUAGUGUUUCUUUGCUCCAAUAACCUGACGGGAACCGAACGCUCCACCUACGAGCUUCUUCAAAUUGCCAUCUCGAGUGGCUUUCUCGUCAAGAUGAAGCAUCUACUUACUACGAGGGGACCUACUGUCGAAAUAUUUGCAGUAUAUCUUUUGUUUGUGGCGCUCAGAGUUGAAGGAAGCAAAGGAAUGGACCCCGACAGCAUUGAUCCGAAUGAUUAUAGAUACUCUGCGCUCCACAGAGCCGUGAGACUGGAGAACCGGGCCGCCGUUCAGCUCCUUCUUCACUUUGGGGCAGAUCCAGAUGCAAAGAUGCAGGGCAACAGAGAGGAAAGACUGGGGAGCCCCCUAAGUUUCGCCGUUGAUUUAAGAUAUAGUAGGACAAUCGCAGAGAUGUUAAUCGGCGCUGGGGCAGAGACCAACCUCGGACCUUACAAACCUCUUAUCCGCGCUGCCAGAAGAUGGGAUACGGUCCUCGUGAUACGACUGUUGGACGUUGGAGCAGACCCAAGGUUGUUAACAGCAGGAGGUCUUUCGAUGAUACACUUUGCGAUCGCUUCUCACAAUUUGGACUUGGUCAACAUGAUGAUUGAAACGGGGGCCAACCCGAACUUAUCGAUCGAGGAACUUCAGAUUACAGAUCUUGAUUACUCAGGGACGAGUUCAGUACUUGUAGGCCCUGCCAAUAUUGUCAAGCGACUCAUUGAGGGUGGCGCAGUUAUGGACCAACUUAUUGAGCCAGACGUUCAAGAGAACAGGAAUCAACCUCCACGAUACGAAGGAAUAUUGACUCCUCUACAAAUGUCUAUCCAACAGAACCGGGGAGAUAUCACCAAAAUCUUGCUAGAUGCAGGCGCAACCAUCGACUAUCGACAUCCAACCACCGCAACGGCAUUGCAAAUGGCAUGCGGCUUAUCAAGUCCGGACAGAAUGAAGACGGAAUUGAUCGAAUUCUUGUUGGCAAAAGGAGCAGAUAUAAAUGCUCUUCCAGGAGAAAAUGGAGGGAGAACAACAAUACAAGCUGCAGUUGAAUGUGGGGACCAUGAACUUCUCAAACUUUUGCUGAGUAAAGGCGGUGACCUAUUUGCUUCUUCCUCCAAGAACAAUGGAUUAACAGUUUUCCAAGCGGCUUUAAGGUCGGGCUCCGCUGAGCUUAUGACCUAUGUAUUCCUGGAGUUGGGCAGUCAGGGUGGGAGUGCCAAUUGCGUUGAUGGCACGAAUUACUUACUGGAGGCGAUAUCUACAGGUAACAAGCAUAUUCUAGACACGCUCAUGAUGUCUUGGAAUCGACUUGGGUUACACUGGCAUAAGGAAUAUAUCCUGUCUGCCGCCAAAGUCGCCAUCCGAAAGGACUUGACACACCUUGUUGAGACACACAUUGUCGAGUUUCUCGACCAUGUUCCACCUAGUAUAACCCAAGAAGACGUCAACUCCAUGAUUUGCGAGUGCAUAUGGAGCGGAGAUCAUAGAACAUUAGACUUGUUAAUGCAUGGUUCUAUCGAGCACAAUCUUGACUGUGCACAGUCUGAGUAUCCAACACCUCUCUGGCUAGCAAUACACGAAGGCAAGCAUUACAUGGCACAGUGUUUAAUCAAUAUUGGCGCCAAUCCCAAUCAAGAAUCACUAGCUAUAUGUCGAAAAGGCCUUUGUUGUGAUAUCAGACUCGAAAUGCCAUUGAAUCAGGCGAUACUUCAACUUGACAGCAAAUUCAUGGAAAUCCUCCUUGACAAAGGAGCAGACCCAAACAAGGUGGGCCUUUUAGACGAAAGGACUGCGCUUGGGCUUGCUCUCCACCAGGAUGUCUCGCUUUCAAAGGUCCAGCUACUUAUACACCAUGGCUCAGAUGUCAAUAAGCCUUCAGUAUGGGGGACACCACUUGAACAAGUCGCACGAGGAGCCUUUCAUCCACUUGAACAGGUCGCACGAGAAGCCUUUCAUCGCUCUGAUGCUCUGCAGAUAUGUCAAUUACUUCUGGCAGCUGGCGCCGACGUUAAUGCUUCAACUGGAAGCACUGCGCUUCAAUUAGCUGUUGCUAAUGAUGAUGUGGAGCUAGCCAAAUUUCUUGUCGAAGUUGGCGCUAAUGUAAACACUUCCUCGAUUCGAACCAAUGCACUUCAGUUGGCUGUUUCCAAUAAUAACCUGGAUUUGGUCAAUUUCUUUCUUGACGAAGGUGCUAGUGUUGAUGCUUCGGUAGCAGGGCAGACCGCACUCCAAACAGCGGCCAAUCUGGAGAACUUGGAAUUGGUAAAGAAUCUUAUAGACCGAGGUGCCGAUACCAACGCGAACUUCCCAGACAGUCUCGCCACAGCUCUUCAGUACGCCGCAAUGCGUGGCAACAUUGAGAUUGUCAAGUAUCUUGUCGAUAAUAGAGCUUCGGUCAACGAAGAGGCUAGCCCUUACUAUAAUGCGACAGCUCUCGGGCUUGCAGUUGUAAAUAAUCAUACGCGGGUAGCCAUAUUUCUUAUCGAAAAGGGCGCGUCUAUCGAUGCGAAUCCAGCCCUCUACGGCGGGGCCACAUUGCUUCAGAUCGCCUCAAGACAUGGGAAUCACGAAAUUGUCACUUGUCUGGUUGGAAAUGGAGCCACAGUCAACGCGGCGCCCGCAACUGAAAGAGGGGCAACUGCUCUUCAAUUUGCAGCAGUAAAUGGCAACAUCAAGAUGGCUGUUUUACUCCUCAAGAAUGGGGCUCAUGUCAGCGCCAAAGGAGCAGAGGUUGAUAGAAGAACAGCACUUAAAGGAGCAGCAGAACAUGGCCGAUUCGAUAUGGUAUAUCUUCUGUUGGAAAAUGACGAGGAACCUGAGACAAUUAAAGAAAGGUGUCAUAAUGCAGCAAAGUUUGCCGAGGCUGAAUACCAUGACGUGAUUGCUCGGAUAUUAAGAGAUUACAAGAGGCCAUAG